AUGGCCACGGCCACGCUGGUGUGCCGCGUGCAGUUCCUGGAUGACACCGACCCCUUCAACAGCACCAACUUCCCCGAGCCCACGCGGCCGCCGCUCUACACCUUCCGCGAGGACAUCCCGCUGGCCACGCAGCUGCCCGCCGUGCACCGCCUGCUGCGCGCCCCGCACAAGCUUGAUGAUUGCACGCUGCAGUUGUCUCACAACGGCACCUAUCUGGAUUUAGAAUCCACCUUAGCAGAACAACGAGAUGAGUUGGAAGGUUUCCAAGAGGAUGCUGGGAGAGGCAAGAAGCACAGUAUGAUUCUGAGGACCCAGCUCUCAGUGAGAGUCCAUGCCUGCAUUGAAAAACUCUACAAUUCCAAUGGACGGGAGCUGAGACGGGCGCUUUUCUCCUUGAAACAAAUAUUUCAAGAUGACAAGGACUUGGUUCAUGAGUUUGUGGUGGCGGAAGGUCUGACUUGCUUGAUCAAGGUGGGAGCAGAAGCAGACCAGAAUUAUCAGAACUACAUCUUGAGAGCUAUGGGCCAAAUCAUGCUGUAUGUUGAUGGUAUGAACGGAGUAAUAAAUCAUAAUGAAACUAUCCAGUGGCUAUAUACUCUUAUUGGGUCGAAGUUCCGCCUCGUAGUAAAGACGGCGCUGAAGCUGCUGCUGGUGUUUGUGGAGUACACUGAAUCCAACGCGCCCCUGCUAAUCCAAGCAGUGUCUACGGUGGAUGAGAAGAGAGGAGCCAAGCCAUGGUCCAAUAUCAUGGAGAUCUUGGAGGAGAAGGAUGGAGUUGAUACUGAGCUACUGGUUUAUGCAAUGACAUUGAUUAAUAAGACGCUGUCGGGGUUGCCAGAUCAAGACUCUUUCUACGACGUGGUGGACUGUCUGGAAGAGUUAGGCAUUGAAGCUAUUUCACAGAGACAUUUGAACAAGAAAGGAACAGACUUGGACUUAGUUGAGCAGUUUAACAUUUAUGAGACGACACUGAGGCAUGAGGAUGGAGAUGAGACUGCUGACCCUCCUCCCAGUGGGCGCAAGGACAGAAGAAGGGCCAGUCUCGGCACUAAUGAGCGAAGGGGACUGGAGCGCCGACGGAGCCGGAGACACUCAGUACAGAAUGUCAAAAGCACUUUAUCAGCCCCUGCAAGUCCAUGCAGUCAAUCAAAUGCCACCUACAUGCUAGGCCAUGGACAGCGCAUUGAAGAUCUCAGUGAGAAGUACAAUAGCUAUGGCAGCAGCUCUUACUCUUCUCCACGACCUUACUCUGGACUGAGUGCCCCUACAACACCCACUUCUCGUUAUGGGACAGCUCUGUUGCCACCUCAGGAGACCAAAUCAGACAGGCCAGCUUUGGGCGGUCUCCUUACAUCAUCUUUUCGACAGCACCAAGAGUCCUUGGCAGCAGAAAGAGAAAGACGACGUCAGGAGAGAGAAGAAAGAUUGCAAAGGAUAGAACGUGAAGAAAGAAACAAAUUCAACCGUGAUUAUUUAGACAAAAGAGAAGAACUAAGACAAGCAAGAGAAGAGAGAUACAAAUACUUGGAGAGGUUGGCAGCUGAGGAGUAUGAGAAGGAGCUGAAAAGCCGGAGUGUAAGCCGAGGCAGGAGUGAGCUGUCCUUGAACCUGAGAUCUCCUUCAGCGCCAUCCUCACCGGUACCCAAGUGCAUCAGCCCAACAUCCACCGAGUCCCAGGAAGAGCUGAAGACCGCUUCCACUCCCUGUGGGACUCCUCAGCCCUCAGAAGUGAGUGCCAGUGAACCCGAGCCCGAAGCAGAGACAGAGACAGAACCAGAACAGGAGGCUGAGGCCAAGCAGGGAGCGGAGACACCCAAGCAAGUAGAGGCUACAGAGGUGGGACCAGAGAGUGAGGUGGAGCAAGGACCAGAGAGAGAGCCAGAAGAAAGUGCAAUACUCAGUGAAAAAGAGAGGCAGAAUGAGGAAGUGAAUGAAAAAGACAACUGCUCUGCAUCCAGCAUAUCCUCAGCAAGCAGCACUUUAGAGAGGGAAGAGAGAGAGGACAAGUUAACCAGUGACAAUGAAACUGGUCCAUGGUCACAGUCCAUUCAAGAUGCUGGUGUGAAUGAGCAGUGCAGCAACAUUCUUAACAACAAGCGGUUUAUGCUGGACAUGUUGUAUGCGCAUAACAAAAAGCCCAAGGAUGAAGAGGAAAAGGAGCUGGAGGCGAAGGAGGAAAAGAAGGAGACGGAGGAAAGUGAAGAGUCACUCACUAGCCUAGCCAGUAGGAUCUCUAUCCUUCAGGCCACUAAGCAGGCCAAAGAUGAAAGUGUCAAAAAGAUGGAGAUUGGAAACCUGGACAACCAAGGCAGUGUGAAAGCCUUUGCGGAAAAAUUCAAUAGUGGUGAGCUGGCCAAGGGGACAGCCUUGUCUGAAGAUGAAAUUGGUGAACAGAUCCCUGAGAAAACACCAGCACCACCAAAGAAGGAAUCUGACUACAUCUGGGAUCAGCUGAUGGCUAAUCCUAGAGAACUUAAAAUAAAAGACAUGGAUUUUACAGACUUGGGGGAGGAGGAUGAUGUAGAUGUGUUGGACAUGGAUAUGGGUCCUGGGGACUCCCUUGUUCCCCCUCCUCCUCCUCCACCUUCUUUUCUGGGUUUGCCACCUCCACCGCCUCCCCCACUGUUUGGAUGUCCGCCUCCACCUCCACCCUCUGCUAAUUUAUUGGCUCCUCCUCCACUCUUCAGCACUCCUCAGGGUUUAGGGUCACCCCAGGUUUCUAGGGGUCAGCCAGCAUUCAUAAAGAAGAAGAAAACCAUCCGUCUGUUUUGGAAUGAGGUACGACCAUUUGAGUGGCAGUGUAAAAACAACAAACGCUGCAGAGAAUUCCUGUGGUCGAAACUGGAACCCAUUAAAGUGGACACUUCCAAACUGGAGCAUCUCUUUGAGUCCAAGUCCAAGGAACUGCCUGUCACAAAGAAAACUGCUGCAGAUGGGAAACGGCAGGAGAUCAUUGUAUUGGACUCAAAACGAAGCAAUGCUAUUAAUAUUGGCUUGACAGUGUUGCCCCCUCCACGGACUAUCAAGACUGCUAUUUUGAAUUUUGACGAAUAUGCCUUAAACAAGGAAGGAAUAGAGAAAAUUCUGACCAUGAUCCCAACCGAGGAGGAAAAGCAGAAGAUCCAGGAGGCCCAGAUGGCCAAUCCAGACAUCCCUUUGGGCAGCGCAGAGCAGUUUCUCCUUACCCUUUCCUCUAUCAGUGAACUCUCAGCCAGGCUCCAGCUUUGGGCCUUCAAAAUGGACUAUGAGAUAGUGGAAAAGGAAGUUGCAGAGCCACUUUUAGACCUGAAGGAAGGAAUGGACCAGCUGGAGCAUAACAAAACAUUGGGAUUUAUCCUUUCUACUCUCCUGGCCAUUGGGAACUUUCUGAAUGGAACCAAUGCCAAAGCCUUUGAAUUGAGCUACCUCGAGAAGGUUCCAGAAGUCAAGGACACGGUGCACAAGCAGUCUCUUCUGCACCACGUCUGCACUAUGGUGGUAGAGAAGUUCCCGGACAGCACCGAUCUUUAUUCUGAGAUUGGGGCCAUUACUAGGUCAGCCAAGGUUGACUUUGAGCAACUCCAGGAAAACUUAUGUCAGAUGGAAAGACGGUGCAAAGCAUCGUGGGAUCACCUUAAGGCUAUAGCAAAGCAUGAAAUGAGGCCAACUCUAAAGCAAAAAAUGUCUGAGUUCCUUAAGGACUGUGCAGAAAGAAUUAUAAUCUUGAAGAUUGUUCAUAGAAGAAUAAUUAACAGGUUUCACUCAUUUUUGUUAUUUAUGGGCCAUCCUCCCUAUGCAAUACGUGAAGUCAACAUCAAUAAGUUCUGCAAAAUUAUUAGUGAAUUUGCUCUGGAAUACCGCACCACCAGGGAACGAGUUUUGCAACAAAAACAGAAACGAGCUAACCACAGGGAGAGAAACAAGACCAGAGGGAAAAUGAUCACAGAUACCGAUGAAGAGGAGGAUGCUGAGACUGGCAAGUUCUCCAGCAGCUCACCGCCGUCGCAGAGCCAGCCCCAGGGCUUGCAGUACGCUGAGGACGCGGCUGAGCACGAGCACAUGAAGGCAGUGCUGAAGACCUCCUCCAUUGGAGGGGAGAGCACCGCCGCACUGGGCGUCCGCACACGGAGCAGAGCCAGCCGAGGCCGUAUUGGUUCAUGGAACGCUGGCAACGAUGAUUCACCAAAUGCAACGGAUGAUGCAGCAGAUGAGAUCAUGGAUCGCAUUGUAAAGUCUGCCACCCAAGUGCCAAGCCAGCGAGCGGUGCCUAGAGAGAGGAAGCGAUCACGAGCGAACAGGAAGUCACUAAGAAGGACACUAAAAAGCGGACUAACACCAGAAGAAGCCAAAGCAUUGGGCCUGAUCAGCACCUCUGAGAUGCAGGUUUAAUGUCCUGGAGGUGGCAACGAGAAGAGCCGUUACCUUUACCACGCGGGCUGUCCCAUUCAGUGCAACGUUGUCCUGCCGGCCUCGUCUGCUGCUCCCAACAUACCAUCCUCUCUGUUAAUUCAAUUUCAGUAAGAAACAAAAAGAGAAAACCCACAACUAGGGCAGAAGAAGGGUAUGUCACAGCUCAGCACUACAUCCAACAAUAACAAAAGAAGCGUUGAGUUCUCGUAGGUGAAAGCUUAUGGCUUCUUCUCUCAUAAUGUGUUGACUUGGGUACGAGCAGGUUCUCUCUGAGUUAUAUUUCAUGAUGUGAACUGUAUUUCUUAUGUUGGCUUUCCUUGUGGCCUGUUUUAGUCAUUGUAAAAAUAUGGCAUUUUGUCAAUGCAAGGAACAGUCCUUAAAGAGGCGAAAUAACUCUUGUUAAAGCUGCGCCCAAUCUCUGUGAAGCAGAUUCAUUACGCAAAGGUGCACAACUGGUGCAGUGUGCUCCUUUUUUUUUUAUUUUGCCACCAAAGAAUGUACAAAUGUAUGUGUACUUUGGUAUAUGUACAGAGUGAAUGUGUAGAUAUUUAUGUGUGUAUCUAUGCACAUAUAGUCAAAGUGUGAAAUCACUCCCCACUGCAGUUAGUGGGGUGGUGAUUUUCAUGAAGGCGCCUUACAAUUCCACGUGGACAGUAGGAAAAAAAUGUCUUUUCAUGGAAGUUUCAUAUUAAUGAGUGGGGUUCACCCUGUGGAGUAGCAGGUGGCCUACAAUACAAGUGGAAAGUCUGGGAUCCUGAAUUUAUGUGUAUUAAUACACAUUCAUACUGUACAUAAAAAAGAUACACAGAGAGAAGACACAGAAUACCUCCCUCUUGUUGAGCUCUGGGUGUACUUUGCGUUUGUGCAGUUUCAGAGAGUCCAUGCCAACAAUUUACAUACUAAAUACAUUCACAUGCUAAGAUCAAGAAGUU